GCAAAACGAUACUUAUUACGUCACGUGUGCUGGUGAAACGCGUGCCAUGGCUGCUCCCGUCGCUCUCAUUCAAGGUGCCAGCAGAGGACUGGGGCUUGAAUUCUGCAAGCACAUACUAAAAAACAAAAGCCUCGCUGCUGUCGUAGCGACAUGCCGAAACCCGGACGGAGCGGCGGAGCUGCGGGGCCUGGAGGGACAACACCGGGGCAGACUCACGGUCCUCAAGCUGGACGUGAACCUGGAGGAGGACAUCCGCGAAGCCGCUGCGCGGGUGAAGGAGAACUUCGGUCGGGUGGAUCUACUCGUGAACUCUGCGGCGAUGCUUCAUCCCACCGGGAAAGGAGAAACUAGUUUGAAGGAUGUUUCUGCGCAGGGCAUCGUAUCCACCUUGACGACCAAUACGGUGGGACCCCUGGUAAUGGCCAAAUAUUUUAGCCCUCUCCUUCAGAAGGGCGGCGGCGCCUUCGGUCUUCAGCCUCCAGAGAAAGCGAAGCACCACAGCGGCAUCAUCGUCAACAUCACAGCUAAAGUUGGGUCCAUUGGAGACAACGGUCUUGGUGGUUGGUACAGCUACAGAAUGUCUAAAGCAGCUCUCAACAUGGCUACCAGGAAUUUGUCCAUAGAACUGGGCCGCAGUCGACCCAAGGUGGUGUGUGUGUCUUUACAUCCGGGAACAGUUAACACGGACCUUUCCAGGCCUUAUCACCGGAAUGUGCCAAAUGACAAGCUGUUCAGUGCUGAACACUCUGUGAACUGUCUGAUGGGCAUCAUUAAUUCACUGAGCAUCGAAAAGACCGGGAAGGCGUACAGCUGGGACGGGACCGAGCUUCCUUGGUAGAGUCAAAAUCGUACACAAUGCAUAGAUGUGACUUCAACCUCUUUGUGAAAACUGUCUGAGCUGGUCAUGCUGUGGUGAACAGGAAUUUUACCAUUGACUCAAUGAAAACGAACCGGGUGUUUUUAACAUAAUAAUCAAGUCACAGAGAAACCUUCUUCUUUACCUCAACACCAAAGUGCAUAAGUUAGAAUAAAUCCUUAAAGGCAAGGUGUGGCUUUUAAGAUAUAAGACUGUUUUAACAACAUGUGGAUAAUUUCAAUAAAAACAUGUUCACAAAUAAA